UUUUUUUUCGUACACCAUGUAACCCUCUAAUUGAGAAUUCAAAUGCGACUACGCCCGGAUCCGAUGCCCGAUCGGCUCCGAUGUGACAGGAGCACGUGCGAUCACGUCAGUGAAUCCUUGGAUGGUCUCGCGCAGAACUUUUCCUUCAACCCCACUCGUCGCCGAUAAGCGCGGGACUAUAUGAAGGAUGGGUGCGACGUUGUGUUUCGCUGUAGCGAACAGUCAAUGGCAGUUUUCGCGCCGUCACACCUGUAUCUCAUGGGCUGCCGAGCGACUGAGUGACUGAGUGGCUUGACCUUUCUCCGCAGUUCAAGUUGUACAAUCUGAAAGCAGUCGCCAUGGCGUUCUUCAGGAGCGUCCUAGCCCAGAUGAUUAUCUGCGGUAUUAUUGCACUACUUGGGCCAGGCCUAUGGAAUGCAAACAACUCUCUCGGUGCCGGUGGUGCACUUGAGCCCUACCUUGUCAAUGCUGGAAAUUCGAUCGUUUUUGCAUUCAUGGGCCUAUUCUCGAUCCUGUCACCCGUGUUUGUAAACUGGAUCGGAGUCAAGCAGACCCUAAUCCUUGGAACCCUGGGCUGGUCCAUCUACAGCGGCUCGCUCUAUCAGAACAACCGCUUCGGCACCGAAUGGUUCGUCAUCCUGGGUGCUUUCAUCUGUGGAAUCAGUGCCGGUUUCUACUGGGCCGCCGAGGGCGCUGUGAUCCUGUCGUACCCGGAACACCGCAAGCGAGGACGAUACCUGGCCCUCUGGCUGGGCUUCAAGAACAGCGGCCAGCUUAUCGGAGGCAGCAUCAACCUAGGCCUGAACGCCAACACUGCGGUGGCCGGAAAGGUGUCAUGGGUGACGCUGCUCGUGUUCGUUUGCCUGCAGGCCCUCUCCCUACCAGUCGCAUUUCUGCUCUCCCCGCCGCAUAAGGUCGUGCGCAAGGACGGCUCGCCCAUCCACGUGGACGAGCGCACCCCCAUGCUGGAGCAGCUGCGGCGCAUCUGGGCCACCGUCUCGACGCGCCGCGUCGGCCUGCUGCUGCCCAUCUUCUUCAGCAGCUGGUUCUACUGGGGCUACGGCUCCACGUACCUGACGCUGUACUUUACCGUGCGUGCCCGCGCCCUCGCGUCCUUCCUGUCCGCCAUCACCGGCACCAUCGCCUGCAUCGGCUUCGGCAUCUUUCUGGACUCGGACAGGUUCACCAUCAAGCAGCGCAUCCGCUGGGGGUUCCUGGCGUCUUGCGGACCUUUUACGCUGCUCUGGAUCUGGGUCUUUGUCGUGCAGCACGACUUUAACAACCGAAACCCGGGCGCUCUGGACUGGCUGAGACCCGGGUUCGGGCGCGCGUUUGGCAUUUACAUCAUGCUCAACACCAUCGGCAACAUGGUGCAGAACUUUUUGUACUUUUUGGUCGGCACCAUCGGCGACGGCACAUCGGAGCUGAGCAGGCUGACGGGACUGCUCAGGGGUGUGGAAAGCUGGGGACAAUGUGCUUCCUUUGGGAUCAGCAGCAGCAAAUUUAACCUUUUCCACACCGUUAUCAUCAACCUCGUGCUUUGGGUGGUCAGCCUGGUACCUGCAUUCAUUAGCGUCUGGGAGGUUGAGGAUAGGAAGCACGCGGGAGCUGUCGGAUCGUCAGAGGCUGACGGCAAGGUCGAAGCGGUUAACAAAGUCGGUGUAGACGAGGAGAUAUCCAAGGCUUGAUGGUCAAGGCUUCAAUCGUGAGCUUGUCGAGUUGUCACAGCCCCUGAAGGGAAAUAUAUCCGUAGACCGCAGGUUUUUGCAAAUGGG